AUGUGCGGCAUCUUCUUCUCGCUCAGCCCAGCCGGAUACGUGGCGCCCGACCAUAGCACCAAGCUGCUGCUCCAGAACAGAGGGCCCGAUGCCACUGGCCAGUCCCACGUCGCCAUUGAACUGGGCCCGGCUUGCAUGCAAGACACUGCGACUCGGGUGCACGCGACGUUCCUAUCAACCCUUCUUGCGUUGCGCGGCAGCGACAUUGUCCAGCAGCCUCUCCAGGACGCGGCCACUGGAUCGGUGCUCUGCUGGAACGGUGAAGCCUGGAGCAUCGCUGGCCAUGCUGUCAGCGGCAACGACUCCCAGCUCAUGUUUGCCAAGCUGCUCGAGGCAUGUGCAUGCAAAAGUGGGACUGGUGCACGUAAGGUCGUCGAGCUGCUCGAGGCGGUGCGUGGUCCGUAUGCUUUUGUCUUCUAUGAUGCGUCCAACAAGCGCAUUUACUAUGGUCGCGAUUGUCUCGGCAGGCGGUCGCUACUUCGCAAGCACGCUGCAGAUGGCACUAUUGUCUUGUCCAGCGUUUGCGACAAUGCGGAUGGCGAGGCUUGGGCGGAAGUCGAUGCGGAUGGCAUACACGUCAUGAACCUGUCGGACGUAGACGCGGCAAAUCCUUCGUUUCCUGAUCAGCGGAUACCGCAUCGUCGUUCGGACCAGGGCAACGACCUGGAACUCUCUUUCACAUUGCCCUUUCCUCUCAUGAACUGCGGCAUUUCCAACAGUGCUACUCUAGACUUGGGCGUAGUAGAGCAACUCAAAACAUCUCUGUUCGAGUCGGUGCAAGUUCGUACACAGCAUGUCCGCGAGGCAGUGUUUGGUGCAGAGACGGAUGCCCCAGAUCAGGCACGUGUGGCCGUUUUGUUUUCAGGCGGCCUUGACUGCACCAUCCUCGCGCGUUUAUGCCACGAAAUCCUGCCGUCAAGCGCACCCAUUGAUCUUCUCAAUGUGGCUUUUGAGAAUCCCCGCAUCCACUCGCAGCUCGAACCCGGCACCAGCCCGUACGAGCUCUGCCCUGAUCGCAUCACUGGGAGGUCGUCGCAUGCAGAGCUCGUCGAGACUUGUCCGGGUCGUAAGUGGCGAUUUGUAGAAAUCAACGUGCCCUAUGUCGACACACAGGGACAUCGUCCCAAUGUCAUGGCAUUGAUGCAUCCUCACAAUACUGAGAUGGACCUGUCUAUAGCCUUUGCACUCUAUUUCGCUUCACGUGGUAGCGGGGCAGUUCGCCUGACGAACAAUGGCCCGGUUGAGCCAUACACCACCACUGCCCGCGUGCUCCUUUCUGGGCUCGGUGCCGAUGAGCUUUUUGGCGGCUACCAACGACACGAGGUGGCGUUUGCCCGCCGCGGUUACCCUGGUCUUAUUGAGGAGCUGGAACUCGACUUUAGUCGCCUGGGAAAGCGAAAUCUAGGCCGAGAUGAUCGUGUCAUCAGUGACAGCGGCAAAGAAGUCCGCUUCCCGUUCCUCGACGAGGACUUUAUCGCACUGGCCCUCCGUCUUCCUGUGACUGUCAAGUGCGAUUUUGACUUGGCUCAAAUAGCUGAUAGCGAGGACCCAGUACGAGUCCUGGAGCCUGCAAAGCGGGCACUUCGACUGCUAGCAUGGCAGUUAGGUAUGAGAAAGGUUGCUGCCGAGAAGAAGCGCGCAAUUCAAUUCGGUGCUCGCACAGCCAAGAUGAAAACGGGUAAAACAAAAGGCACACAUGUGCUUAGUCAAUAA